AUGAAUAUCGUCGAGUGGGCAUUCGGGAAGCGCAUGACGCCAGCAGAGCGUCUGCGCAAGCACCAAAGAGCGCUCGAUCGGACGCAGCGAGAACUAGACCGGGAACGAGUCAAGUUGGAAAAUCAGGAGAAGAAGCUGAUUCAAGACAUUAAAAAGAGCGCCAAAAAUGGCCAAAUCGGAGCCUGCAAGAUCCAAGCGAAGGAUCUGGUUCGGACGAGGAGGUACAUCCAGAAAUUCUAUCAAAUGCGGACGCAGUUACAGGCCAUUUCCCUCCGUAUUCAGACCGUCCGAAGCAAUGAACAGAUGAUGCAGUCUAUGAAAGGAGCCACGAUGCUUCUAGGAAGCAUGAAUCGCCAGAUGAACCUCCCCGCGCUUCAGCGGAUUGCGAUGGAGUUUGAACGAGAGAACGAUAUAAUGGACCAACGGCAAGAAAUGAUGGACGAUGCCAUAGACGAGGCUACAGGUCUAGAAGGAGAGGAAGAGGAAGGCGAAGACAUCGUGAAGGAAGUUCUGGAUGAAAUUGGUGUUGACCUCAACCAGGCGCUGGGUGAAACCCCGUCAGAUAUUCAGAAGACAGCGGUUGGCGAGACCAGAGUUGCCGAAGCGGUUGGAGCCGGUGGUGGGACUGCCAGCGAUGACGAUCUUCAGGCCAGGCUGGACAGCCUUCGGCGGUAA